AUGAGUAGCGACGCUGUAAGCAGCAGCGGCAGUGGCAGUGGCAGCAGGGAAGACCCCCUCGACCAACUGAAGAAAAAACAGUUUGAGCAGAAGCAUAUGGAACUUAAGGAAAAACUAAAAAGGCUCAAAAGUGUCAAUAAUAGUGGUGCAAAUGAUGAUGCCAAUAGUGCCGAUUCGGUGAAACACGAAAAGGAGAGUUCGAGCCCAAAGGAGGCUACCACUGAACAGGCCAAAAGUGACAACAAAAGCAAGUUUUUUCAACUGAAGGAAAAGCUGAGAAAACUCAAGGAGGAGUAUAGUGCCCGUUGGGUGGGGCGCGCAAGUGAAAGUGUUCGAAGCGCAAGCAGCAGGAGAAGUGAACGAAGCAACGGCAACGAUAAUGGCAAUGACAAAGCCGGGUCCCCACCACCCUCCAGGGAGACUACCAAGAGGGAACCCGCUCCAAUGCAGAAGGACCGAGAAACUUUACGAGCUGAACUGAAGAAAAAAUUAGAGAAGUUUAAAAGGGAGAAUGGAAUUUGUGAUGGGGAAAACGGAAGAGCUGCAGAAGAGGAGGAACAAAGCGUGUCUCAAGACAGAAGCUUAAGUAAAGGGUACCCAAACCGGAAGAACAGGAAACGUCCACGAGGAGGAAGUAACUCCACAAUCAAUCGCUCCACAUCGCGUGGGGUGAAAAAACGACCAAGUUAUGACAGCAGGGAGUUGUAUAUGCCCCCCAAUAGAAAUAGAAUUAACCGUUAUAAUCCAAACGAGCGUUAUAGAAGGGGUGCCAGUAACUCCCCCCGGUUUAGCUCUGCCGAAAGGGACCAUAGGAGGGACUACCGAGGGAGGAUGGUCCCUCGAAGGGACAGUCCCUCGUAUGAGGAGCGUUUCAGAAGGGGGAUGCACGACAGUCCGAGGAGAGGUAGAAGUCGUGAUCGGGAUAGAAGCCGAGAUCGCAUUCGAAGCGGGGACCGCCACAGACGAAGCAAGGAAAGAGACUCCUGGAGAGAUAGACACAACACAUCCUUGAACGCACGAGAAAGGGGGAGCCAACUGCGGGAUGAUGAUCACGCACACUUCAGGAGGGAAGAAAGACAAAACAGAUAUUUGUACAACCAACGGACAGGAGAAAAAGUAGAAAAGAAAUACUUUCGACACAAAAUUUUCAGACGAUCUAAGUCAUUGUCUCCAAGUACCUGGAAGAAGUUCGUGCCAAACGAUGAUGAUGCUGAUGGGGCAUCCUCCCGUUGCGACCGAGAAGGGAAGGCAGACAACAAAAGGGAUGAGAAGCAUAAACAUAAACACAGAAAAGGUGAAAAAACUCAAAAGGGAAAGCACCGUAAGGGGGACUCCUAUGUUGAUCGGCGCAGUGAUGAGGAUGAUAACGCCGGUAGGAAGAGGAACGGUACUUCCUCCAGGUCUAGGUCGCGCUUGCGUGGUGAAAAGGGAAAAUACAAUAAUAAUGAUACCUCACACAGGCGGAAGAGGGGGGGAAAGAAAUAUUCAAAAAGUGUAUCGUCCGGGGGGGGAGUAGAAAAUGAAAGGAGCCUCGAAAAGGGGAAGAGGCGAUCAUCCGUGGAGAGAAGAAAAAGCAAAAAGGAGAAAAAGUCCUCCAGAAAGGACAACCAUCGCAGAUACAGAAGCAGCAGCAGGAGUAGUAGCAAUUACAGCGACAGCCACAAGCGGGACAAAAAAAAACAUAAACACAGAAAGCACGAAGAGGUGAAAAGACGAAGCGAAAAAGAACGCAAGGAAAAAAAAAAGAGGAAGAGCAAACAUGAGGAGAAAAAAAAAAAGAAGAAUAGCAAGCAUGAAGAAAGCAAGAAGAAAUCCAAAAGGAGAAACAAACAUAAAAGAGGAUCGGACUAUUCUGACAGUGAUGGGGAAAAGAGCGACGCGGCCGCCACAUCUGCCACGUCUGCCACGUCCCUGUCCUUCCUGUGUGAGGGGUACGACUCUCUGCAUGAUGUGGACGUGAGCAAGGAGGGAGUAUGUGAAAAGGGGAAGAAGUCGGAGGAGAGUAAAAUAGAGGUGAACGAAACGGAAGAGAGUAAAAUGGAGGUGAACGAAACGGAAGAGAGUAAAAUGGAGGUGAACGAAACGGAAGAGAAGGAAGAAGAACUGCUCGAAGCGCAGGAGGGGGAAGACUCAUCCGGAGAAGGAAGCGACGUGGGACCCAAGCCACUAGACGUGAACGUUAAAUUAGCCAACCAACAAAUAGACUAUGGUGUGGCCAUGAUGCCCGGAGAGGGGCAAGCCAUUGCACAGUUCGUACAAAAGGGGAAGAGAAUUCCAAGAAGAGGAGAAGUCGGGUUGUCUGCUGAGGCGAUUGAAAAUUUCGAGAGCCUUGGUUAUGUCAUGAGUGGAUCGAGGCACAAAAGAAUGAACGCCAUCCGUAUGCGAAAGGAGAAUCAGGUAUACAGCGCCGAGGAGCAGAGGGCCCUGGCCAUGUUUAACUACGAGGAGAGGGCCAAUAGGGAGAAUGCCCUCAUAAGUGACUUGAAGGAGGUUUUGCGGAAGCAGAACGAGGCAAUCCUAAACGAGAGUAAGAAUAACUAA